AUGGCUCUCUCCAACGACUCCCCUCCCUCAAUCGGCGAGAAAGAAUCGAUUAUCCCGAUCUUAGAAGCGAUUGACCGAUACGAGAGAGGCCAAUUCGUGCCCGGGGGCGGCUUACUGAAAUUCUACAUUAGUGAACUCGAACAUCAAGAAUUGGAGGAAAAGCUCUCUGAAAACCUAUUCUUCCAGGCCAAGAUCUCGCGCGACUUCUUUCCUUCGGAACGCCUCUUCAUUAUCCGCCGACCCACGCCCAUCCAUGAAUGCUUCCUUGUCAAACCCUUCCCUGGCGUAGUGACGGAGGCCGCAUAUUCACAAGAUGGCAAAAGAUUGCCACACCUGGCGGACGCCUACAUCCUGGACUCGAAUCUGGACGUUCGUGUCUUGCUCGCCUUCGAUAUCCAGUAUAAGAAAAACAAGGCCUCAGUUUCGGUCUGGCGUCCACAUGCGGUGCCACAAGAUGGCGAGGAGGCCUGGAUCACUGCGAGUGAGACACAGGUAUUUCGAGAGGACAACGGUGAGCCAAAUCUUGAUCCACGUGCUGGACUACGUGUCAACCUACGGGACUUUGUGAGUGUCGAGCUUUGCGAGACGUUCGAGAACUUGGAGGGGUCAGUUUUUAUUUCAUGCGCCACUCUCUGCACCUUCCUCAACCAAGCGGAGGCCAAGAUUGAUGUCAAGCCACGGCCUCGCCGCAAACUUGUAUCUCGUGCCCCAGCACCGGAAGAGGAACUCAACACCGACGACGAGAGAGACAUGGUUCGGGCAAAGAAACAUGCGGAGGAGAAAGCUGACCGGAGCCGAUCAUUCUUUCAAAGUAGCUCGUUGUCAAUGAGCGAGGAAGGCUAG